ACACUUCACUAGAACAAAGUUGACUUCCUAUAUAACGCUAAUGCUGAUGAACUGCAGGAUCUCCAAAUGACUCAUUCGCAUCUCUUAACCAAUACCAAAACUGAUUUUGAAUUUCUCAUGUGAACGCGCGUCUGGAGCGCUAUAUGAUCUUCUGUGCGUGAAAAGGGGCCGACAGUGACGCUGUGUGCUGGAGACCUGGAAGUUCAGCUUCUCUGGGUCCCGCAGACCGACAGAUGCGUGUCCUAAUGAUGUUGGCAUAUUCACACAAUAGCGAGCGAGGCAGCGCUGUUUGGCGGCAGCAACAGAGUUCUCCAACACCUUUUUAUAAGUCUGAAGUCUUUCCCCUCCACCCGACCUGUUAAAACCACGCCUACAGAGCGACACAAUUGGUCCAAAAGCGUCAAAGAGCCAAUCAACAGCGGGCUGCUGCUCAAAACACGCAACACAUCCACACCACCGAAGCCUAUGGAGUUCAGAAGCACUGGGAAUAUCUCUGUGCUGGACCCUGUGCUCCGCAUAUCGCGCUCUGCUGAAAUGUGUGUGCGGGAGAGAAAGUGUGUGUGUGAGCGUGUGAAGGUGUAUACCUCCGACAAGUAAAGACAGAGGAAUUAUUCCGAGGCUUCGAAAUAUUUCAACACAUCUCUUUGGCAGGACUCGGGACGAUCUCACUAUUAGCGGAAUGUCUAUUUUACAGAAAUCCAAAGGACAGCGACGCGCGCCGCAAGCUGACACUCAGUGACUCGGUCGAUCCUUUUAUUUUUAUUUUCUCGAUCUCAUAGCGCACUGCCAAAAGACAAGCCGAGAAGAUAUCAGUUUCUCACUUUCUCUUUUAGAUACUUUGUUGGAAUCCAGCUAGAGACACAAGUAAGACACUCACGCGUCGCAGGAACGCUGGACUUGGUGAAGGACUUCUCCGGCGCAGAUAUUAAGCUGAUUGCACAUCGAUUUAAGGAACACCGCAUCUGCUGGCUGGACUCGCAUGAGCUUCCUGAUGAGAGAUCCAGUUAUUCAAGGAUCCAGUAUGGCUUAUCACCCGUUUUUACCUCACCGGAGUCCGGAAUUUGCCAUGAGCGCAAUGCUGGGUCACCAGCCGCCCUUCUUCCCGGCCCUGGGGCUGCCACCUAACGGCUCGCUGUCUCUGCCUGGUGCUCUGGGCAAACCAAUAAUGGAGCAGCUGAUGGGCGCAGCAGAGACCGGCCUACACUUCUCCUCACUGGGACACCACGCCGCGCAUCUGCGGUCUCUCAAGACGCUUGAGCCCGAGGAGGAGGUCGAAGACGACCCAAAAGUUCACCUCGAAGCCAAGGAACUCUGGGAGCUUUUCCACAAGCGCGGCACAGAGAUGGUCAUCACUAAAUCUGGAAGGCGGAUGUUCCCUCCGUUUAAAGUCAGAUGCACGGGCUUGGACAAAAAGGCCAAAUAUAUUCUGUUGAUGGAUAUUGUGGCGGCUGAUGACUGCAGGUAUAAAUUUCACAACUCUCGCUGGAUGGUGGCAGGAAAGGCUGACCCCGAAAUGCCAAAACGGAUGUACAUUCACCCCGACAGUCCGGCAACGGGCGAGCAAUGGAUGUCUAAAGUCGUCAAUUUUCACAAACUUAAACUGACAAAUAACAUCUCCGACAAGCAUGGAUUUACGAUACUAAACUCCAUGCACAAAUACCAGCCAAGAUUUCACAUUGUGAGAGCCAACGACAUACUGAAACUCCCAUACAGCACGUUCAGGACCUACGUGUUCCCCGAGACAGAUUUCAUUGCUGUCACUGCCUACCAGAACGAUAAGAUAACACAACUGAAAAUUGAUCACAAUCCUUUUGCAAAAGGAUUUCGUGACACUGGAAAUGGGAGACGCGAAAAAAGAAAACAGCUGGCUCUGCAAUCGAUGCGUUCGUAUGAGGAGCAGCAGAAAAAAGAGAACGGGACGUCCGAUGAUUCCUCAGGCGAACAAGCGUCCUUCAAAUGCUUUCGCCAGGCCUCGUCUCCUGCGGUCUCAACUGUUGGCCAGAAUAACUUAAAAGAUUUUUGCGACAGUGAUGAAGAUAGCGACGACGAAGACAAAGAUGGAAACGUGAAAGAGGGACCAGACUCGAGCAAAAUCUCCACCACGACCGAGGACUCCAAGGAUCACGAUGCGAGUUUAAGCAAAAGCCUGCUUGGGGAAAGUGACUCUGUCCAGCGGAGAACCGACAAGAUCCGGGACUCCCGGCAGAGUCCCGUCACGCUCAUCUCUAGCACCACACGGUCCGGUGAGGAGCUCAAGAGCCCGGAUCACGCCAAAACAGACGACUGCCGAACACUGAGCAAAGAAAAUUACAUGCCAUUGACUGUGCAAACAGAUGGCGCUGCGCACUUAAAUCAAAACCACUUGCACAAUUUCGGAUUUCCGCCGGGUUUGGCCGGGCAGCAGUUUUUCAGUCACUUGGGUGGUGCCCAUCCGUUUCUCCUGCACCCUGGUCAGUUCAGUAUGGGGGGCGCGUUCUCAAACAUGGCCUCAGGGAUGGGCCCCAUACUGGCAGCUGUUUCCUCCGGAGGGGUCAGUUCAUUGGACACGAGCAGCAUGCCAUCACCCUCGCAAAGCAUGACGGGAGCACCGCUGCCCUUCCACCUUCAGCAACAUGUUCUGGCGUCGCAGGGUCUGGCCAUGUCUCCCUUCGGAGCUCUCUUCCCGUAUCCCUACACGUACAUGGCCGCCGCCGCCGCUUCUUCAUCGGUUCAUCGUCAUCCGUUUCUGAACGCGGUGCGGCCCCGGUUACGGUACAGCCCUUACUCUUUACCGAAUGUCCCCGACUGCACUUUGCUUACGACAGCUGUCCCGCCCGUGGCGAGCAGUGCCAUGGAUCUGAAGGGAGACGGGGUGACGGGGAGUCUGGACUCUGAGUCUGGCUCGGUGUCAGUGUCACCGAAACCGUGCGCCGAGAAAGAUUCCCACAGCGAGCUCCAGAGCAUCCAGCGCCUGGUCAGCGGACUCGAGACCAAACCGGACAGAGCGCGCAGUGUGUCCCCGUAGACACCACCGACGAGAGAGCGAGCCGUGCACCACGGACCUGCCUCGGAGAACACGAUAGACUUUAAAUGCACUUUGCUAAAACAAAUAAACACGUAAAUGUAUGUUGUUCUUUUGUUAAAUUAAAACAGUAACUUUG